AUGCUUCGUUGGGGAAUUAUCGGAACAGGCUUCAUUAGUCACACCGUGGCCAAAGCGAUUGAGAACAGCCCGGGCUCAACCAUCCAAGCCAUCUUUGGCAGGAAUCCAGACAACCUACGCGCCUUCGCAGACAAGUACAAUGUCGCCACGCGUUACGAUACUCUAGAAUCUAUCCUCGACGACGACAAGGUCGAUGUCGUUUACAUCGGCCUCGCCUCUCAUGUCCACGCCGAGGCCAUCAUUGCGGCCGCCAAGCGUGGCAAGGCCAUCCUCUCGGAAAAGCCCUUGACCACAACCCUCGCUGAUGCCAAGAGCAGCCUCGAUACCGUGCGUGACGCCAACGUCUUCAUGCUUGAGGGCCUUAUGUAUCUCUGCCAUCCCUUUAUGGAAAAGGUCGUCGAGAUCAUCAAGUCGGGCGAGCUGGGCAGCAUUCGAGCCAUCAACGGCCACUACGCAGCCCAGAUCUGGGACAGAGCCAACCCGCUCGGCAAGGGCACCAUCUAUAACCUCGGCUGCUACCCUGUCUCUCUGCUCCAUCUCAUCGUGCAGACUGCAUUCGGCUCCGACGCUAUUCGAUCCAGGAAGCUUCAGGCCGCGGGCAACGUCUCGCACGACGGUGGCGUCGCGCACUGCAGGGACGCCGCGCUCAUGCUGCGCCUUGACAACGGCCUCCUGGCGACCAUCCAGUCGACUGACAGCUACGGCAAGGACACCAGCUUUGUUGUUCAGGGCGACAAGGCGGUCAUGACAUUCAAGACGAACCCUUGGCUGCCUGUUGCCGGCGAUAAUGUCUUGACGAUAGAGACGUACAAGACGGGCGAGACCAGGGAGGUUGUUGUUACGGCUUCCGAAGACGCAUUUGCAUGCCAGGUCCAGAAGGUAGAGGAAGCUUUGGCGGCUGGGCACAAGGAGGCAAAGCGCCCUGCCGCAAGGUUAUCGGAUUCAUUGGAAAUAAUGGAGCUUCUGAUCGAGUGGGAGGAGAAGAUUUUGGGAAAGUCAUCAUAG